UUUAUUUAGUUCUCUCGCUCUCCAGCGUGAAAGCCGUGCUGGACUUCCUGAAGAAACUUUUCUGCGACGACUUCCAAGUUGCAGCUGGUGGACGAGCUGACAGCUUGAUAGAUGUAAUUACAGAGAGUGUUGCGGAAAAUGGUUACACAAGGAAGUUCCAAGUUCAUGUGCUUACUGCGCUUGUCCAUGGUGUCUUUGACCAUUUGAUAAGUACGGAUUUGCUUGUUUCGUCAUCCUUACCACCAAAUGCUCCACCACAAUCGUUAUCUCAGGUGGGUGUCAACAUCUCUUAUAUGGCGAUGCGAGCAGUAGAUUGUCUUUGGAAUGGGCUGCUGGUUGGAGAGUCGCUAAGAUUGCUCCAGCUUCUCUACAGCGUGUACGGCAUCGCUAGUCGCAAGGAGAAUAGGGAGAUCAAUCUGGACAGCUUGACAUCGUCCAUAAUGCGGUGUGUGCUUUACAUCUUGAGCAGACCGAUUGAAAAUGUGCAGAUUCAAAUGUCUGUUUUGGACACCUUGUCCUCAGUGGUGACGAAGCGAUAUAUUUUCCUUUCAUCUAAUGAGAGCUGGUUCUUCACUUCGCUCACGCAUCUGAUCUUCAUGCUCAGUGUUACACCAGAUAUCAUGCAACAAGAUGGAGCACCACUGGAGAAAGCAAGUGCGCAGGUGAGUUUAUUUAUUCACCACAUA